UAUUAUAACCAUAAAUAUUGGGAUAUUUAUUAUCCAUAAAAAAGAUAAAGCAAAGUCACGUAUAUUAUUAAUCUCGUCCGAUGACAUAAACUCAACAAAAACACAGAGCAACAAAGCAGAGGAUGGAAGAAGAAGACAAAGGCAUAGUAUGUGUUACAGGUGGCACUGGUUAUGUAGCUUCAUGGCUAAUCAUGAGGCUUCUUCAUCAUGGUUACUCUGUUCACACCACUGUUAGACCUGAUCCUGAGAAGAAGAGAGAUCUCACAUUCCUGACAAGUCUACCAGGAGCAUCAGAGAAACUCAAAAUCUUCCAUGCAGAUCUUAAUGAUCCAAACAGUUUUGAUGCGGCUAUUAAAGGAAGUACUGGUGUCUUUCAUGUGGCUACGCCCACACCUAGCCAUUUCGAUACCGAUGAACCUGAAGAAGCUGUUAUAAACAAAACAAUAGAUGGAACAAUCGGAAUCUUAAAGGUAUGCUUGAAAUACUCGAACACGGUGAAGCGAGUCGUGUACACUUCGAGUACCGCAGCAGUUGAUUUUAAUGAUAAGAAGAAUAUGGAGAUUAUGGAUGAAAGUUUUUGGAGUGAUGUUGGUUAUAUUAAAGCUUUAAAUUCAUUUGCCAGUUCUUAUUGGAUUUCCAAGACAUUGGCUGAGAAAAAAGCUAUUGAAUUUGCAGAAGAAAAUGGAUUGGAUCUUGUCACUGUAAUCCCUUCUUUUGUUGUUGGUCCUUUUAUUUGCCCAAAUCUUCCUGAUUCAAUUGAGGCAGCAUUGGCUAUGGUUUUCGGUAAGUCGGAGCUAUACAAUUUGCUGCUAAAUACAUCAAUGGUGCACGUUGAUGAUCUUGCAAGUGCACAUAUUUUUCUUCUUCAAAAUGGGAGUGCAAAAGGGAGGCAUAUUUGUUCUUCGGACCGUAUAACCAUUGAAGAGAUGUCUGCUUUUCUAUCUACCAAGUAUCCAGAAUUUCCAGUACCAACAGUAGAAUCAUUAAAGGGUAUUGAAGGAUUCAAAGGCCCUGCAUUGUCAUCGAAGAAACUAAUAGAUUCUGGUUUCAAAUUCAAGUAUGGAGUUGACGAAAUGUUUGAUGGGGCAAUUCAAUCAUGCAGAGAGAAUGGCUACAUCUAGUUUUUGUAAUUGGCUUGCCUGAUAAAGCUAAUUAGCAUUUGCAGAAUCGGAUACUAGAACUUGCAGCAUUUGCUUACUCAUCUGUAUGAUGAACAGUUAGUAACUGAUAAAGUAUGUCGUAUGUAAUUUUUUUUACUACUAUAUUUUGGAGUUUUAUCUCCGUUUUUCCAAAACAGUUAUGGAACACCGAAACUUUAUUUAUAACCUAUUUUUGUAAAAUACAUAGUUUUUCUGUUUUGA